AUGCUUUCAUUCCAAUUCCUUUACCGCCUGGUUCCAACCAUGGGAAUAUACUCAACGCUCAUGAGGGGGAGGGUUGAGUUUGAGUCUGGGUGUCAACAGCAGCAGCAGCAACAGCAGCAACAACAACAGCAGAAGAACAAAAAGAAGAAGACAGCCCCAAAAGUCGACGUGUACAAUCUCCACCCCACGGGCUGGGAAUCCGACCCGGAAGACGAAUACCACCGCCUCUGCACGCUAGACUACUGCUCCGGCACAAUCUACUGCGCCUACGCCCUCUUCUUCAAACUCGACCCGGGAGCAGACAAGCACAGGAUCGUAGAGGUCCUCAAGCAAGGGCUCGAAAUCACGCUCAGCCAGUGCCGUCGCCUCUGCGGGACGCUGAGGGAAGAUCCCGACGGCGGGAGCGGCCUGUGCUUCCACAAGAGGCGCGGCGACACGGUUGAGUUCCACGUCCAAUGGCUUGACGGCUCUAACAACUCCCACGGCGACGAUCAUGGCGAAGGCGAUGAUGAUGAUGAUGAUGAUGAUGAUGAUGAUGGAGAGUACCCCUCCUACGCCGACUUUGAACGCCAGCACUUUAGCACCCGCGCCUUCGGCCCCGACCUGAACCUAUGGUGCGUCCCGCCCAUGACGCCCGCCGAAAAGCCCUCGAACCGACCCGAAAACAACCCCAAGGCGGCAUCCUUCAAAGCGAGCUUCGUCCCCGGCGACGGGCUGGUGCUGAUGAUGAUGCAUCACCACUUGGCCAACGACGUCAACGGGUGGGCGGGCGAAUUGCACCAGCUGGCCGAGAACUGUGCCGCCAUCUGGGCUGCGUCGGCGUCGGGUGCGGAUGCGGAUGCGAGUGCGGGUGCGGCGGCCGCUGAUGGUGGUGGUAGUUGUGGUGGGAGUGUUGGUGGUGGUGGUAGUGGUGGUGAUGCUACCUCAACUACUGCUGCUGCUGCUGCGCCACCGGAGCUGCCUCCGUGGGACUACGCGUGCCUGGACCUCUCACGCGUCACGGUCCCGGACCCGCCCGCUGACCAACUCGUCGACGGGCCACCAAGACCAUCGCGACAUCCUGAGCAGAGGGCUGCUUCGAGGUUGCUUUUUCAUAUUCCGCGGAGUAAGCUUCUUGAAUUGAAGCGGUUGGCGACUCCUGCGCCGGCUACGGAUGGAAGCGACAGCAGCAGUAGCAGCAGUAGCAGGAGUAGCAGCAGCAAUGGCGACGGCGGCAGCGACUACUGGAUCUCGGGCUACGAUGCACUCAACGCGUACCUGUGGCGCGUCCUGCUGAAGCACAAGGCUCGAUUGCACAAGUCUGAUCCGGAUGCGCUGGUCGAAUGGGUUGAGGCUGUGGAUGUGAGGAGGCGGUUGUGCGAUGCUUCGGGGAAGCCUAUGCCGGCGCGCACGCAGGGGAAUGUGAUUGCCGUUGCUAUCGCUUCGAGGAGUACUCAUGUUGUGCCGCAGUUUACAAUCAAAGAGGUUGUUGAAGAGGCACCUUUUACCAAGCUCGCGUGGUACAUCCGCCAGCUCACAAACAGUAUAACCCCAACCACCAUCGACGCAAUGUUAUCCGGCAUCGCCCGCGUCCGCAACAAGCUGACCCUCUACGCCGGCUCCGACGUCUUCCCGCCCACGACCCUCCUCGUCACGGACUGGCGCGACGCGGACCCGUAUACCGCGAACUUUGGCUUCGGUCGCCCCAGCGGAUUCCGCUGUCCGUGGGACUCUGUGACGGGAGGGCUGGUGGUGAUUUACCCGCCGCGUCCUGCGGGUACGGGUAUGAGGCCCGGUGGGGAAGACGAGGGGAACGAGAUCUCGUUGGCGGUGGAGAAGGAGCUUGUGUGGGAUCUUCUUGCGGAUCCGGAGUGGAAUCGGGUGUUUGAGUUUAGGGGGGUCGAGGUUGAGGAUGAGUGA